AAUCUAAGAAAUAAUCAUCUCAAAUGCCAUUUUUCCCCCUACCCCCUGCUCCUAGUUCAGCCAAAAGUGAACGUCUCCCCCUCCAAGAAGGGGCCCCUGCAGCACCACAACACACUCAUCUGCCACGUGACAGAUUUCUACCCGGGUGACAUUCAAGUCCGGUGGUUCCUGAAUGGAAAGGAAGAAACAGAUGGGGUCGUGUCCACCAACCUGAUCCGUAAUGGAGACUGGACCUACCAGAUCCUGGUGAUGCUGGAAAUGAUCCCCCAGCAGGGAGACGUCUACACCUGCCACGUGGAGCACCCCAGCCUGGACAGGCCUGUCACCGUGGAGUGGAAGGCACAGUUUGAUUCUGCUCGGAGCAAGACACUGACUGGAGUCGGGGGCUUCAUGCUGGGGCUCAUCAUGUUUGGGGUGGGCAUCUUCAUGCACGUGAGGAGCAGGAAAGCUCAACGAGGAUCUCGAUAAACAGUUUCUGAUCUAACUGGAAAGCCUGCGUGUGCCUUGGAACAAAUAUUUUCCAUGUUUCCUCAGUCCCAGGGGCUGGUUCAGGUUGGACUCAGCUUCCCAAGAAGACGUUGCUGCCAUGUAAUUGCUCUGAAACCAGAUUCUAUAAGCCUGUGUUUUGAUUCAAUGUAUUGUUUCUCCAAUGAGGCCCCAACCAUGUUCCCUUUUCCUUGCUCCAUAAACAAUAAAAAUCCAACCUUA